AUGCAUCCACGGCCGGCUGGGGCCGAAAUAAAAACAGGGGAAAUCUCAGAGGAGACAGACGUGCGGGGUGGUUACCGGCUGCUGGCUGCGGCGGGGCCGGCCAUGUCUCACGCACAGACCACCGGCUUCUUGCAGUACCAAUCCGUGCUCACGGAUGCCGCCAUCGCUGUGGGCUGGGGCAGCGUGGACAUCGACAAUCAGAGCAAUGGGAUAUGGACCCGGAACCGCCUUCCGCUUGGGGAGGAGACAGGGGUGCACUUGUCCCAGAGCCUGGUGGGCGUCCACAGAGAAGCAUUACAGGUUCAGAUCAUCUGGUUUAACUUCGAGACGGUGCGGGUUACGUGGAACGUGAGUGAACAUUCUGGGACGAACCUGACUUUCCUCUACACGUUCGGGCAGAGGGAAGAGAGUCGACCAAACGCAGCACGGUACUUCCAGAGAGGAGGCCUGUCGGUCUCCACGCAGGAGGUGACCCUCUGCCGUGUCCCCUUCUCAGUGAAGCCCGCCUCGCCGGGGGACCUGGCUUUCCUGUGGCGGCCGGAGGAGGUCACGGUGACGUGCCCCGACCUGCCCUACGACGGUCUCCUGUACGAGGUCCAACACCGCAGCACCUUCGACACCUCCUGGCAGUCCAAGCAGGAGGACACGUGCAAUGUCACCAUAGAAGGUCUGGACGCUCAGAAAUGCUACUGCUUCCGGGCCAGAGUCAAAACCACAGAGGCCAGCUACGGCCCCGACACGUACCCCAGCGACUGGUCGCAGGUGACCUGCUGGCACGGAGGCCAGCCCAGGGAUUCCUGUCCGGACAAGCCCGUCAACGCCAAAUUCCCCAAAUUCAUUUUAAUCUGUAGCCUGGUCACUCUCCUGACGCUGUGUCUUCUCCUGCUGUCUCUGUGGAAGCUGGGGAGGGUGAGGAAGCUGCUCAUACCCAGCGUGCCAGACCCCAAGUCCUCCUUCUCCGGGCUCUUUGAGCAACACCGAGGGAACUUCCAGGAGUGGAUCAAGGACACGCAGAACGUGGCCCAGCUGCACAAGAUGGGCAGCGGCGGGGAGCGGGACUGUGGCCCCGAGGACGUCCUGGUCGUACAGCUGGCCAAGACGCCCACCACCGUGGAUGCCUUGACCCCGAGGACGGGGGAGGGGGAGUCCUCUGGGGGCUCCCCCCAGCUCGCUCGCCGGGCCCCGCAAGGUGGCGACAUGGUCUCUGUGGGGGGCUUCACAUUCGUGAUGAACGACAGCUCCUACGUGACGCUGUGA